AUGGUAAUUUUGAUGGGUGUGAGAGACGAAGAGUUAAUACAACGCCUUAUCCCCCUCCAACCCUCAUCUACCCUCGCAGAGUUCGUGACAUGCUGCCGCUCCUACGAAUCUACACGUGCGACUGCAUCAGCCAUUGCAUCUGCCCCUAGCCAGGUCAACGCAGUAUCUACAUACAAGAAGAACCAGCGUCUACAGAAGAGGACUUCUCAUCGAUCUCCUGACCAACAUUCUCACCAGUCUCCUAACAGUGACCCUUGUCAAUAUUGCUCUCGCAAGCACGAUUCCGGACAAUGCCCAGCCACGGGUGCAUCGUGCAAUAACUGCGGACGCACGGGUCAUUGGCCCUGUACUCAGAAAUGCCCUGCUAAGGAAGCUCAGUGCAAGACCUGCCAGAAACAGGGACAUUUUGAGAAGAUGUGCAGGUCGACCAAGAAAAGUCAGACUGGGUACACAGCUUCACCUCCUCCUAAUAAGUCAAAUCCCAGCUGCCGUUUCGUGGGUGAUAACUUGGGUAGCGAGUCCCCCACACCAGUCACUGUCUCUCUGUCAUUUGGGGAUAUAUCAGCACAACUCCAGCUAAUCCCCGAUACAGGAGCAGACAUCACAGUGAUUGGCACCAUACAUUUGGAUGCACUCCGCAUACCUCGGACAAGGCUCGAACCUCCACCCAUGACAGACGUUGUGACUGCAGAUGGAUCCCCCAUGACACCGGCUGUAGGAUGCUUCCAGGCAACUCUUCGUCUUGGCAACAAGUCUUGCUCAGCAACCAUACAUGUUCAUGAGGAUAUCCAGACUCCCCUCCUCUCCCGUGAACAUUGCCGAGCUCUCGCCAUAGUGUCACUGGAAUUCCCGAAGCCCAUCCUCAAGGUAACACAUGUCAACAGAUGCGCUCAGUUUCCUGCCUCUGCCAUGACGUCACCCGCAGCUAGUAAGGACUAUUUUCUUCGGCACUUCAGUGACGUCCUCAUAUCCAAGAAGGAUCUACAAACCCAGCCACUAAAGAAAAUGGCAGGCCCUCUGAUGAGGAUUCACCUGAAACCUGGUGCCACACCAUUCGCUGUGCAUACACCCAGGCCCAUUCCGUUCACUCUCAGAGAUCAAGUGAAAGAAGAACAUGACUCCUUGGUGCAACAAGGAAUCAUCAGACCAGCAGGCGACGAGCCCUCUGAAUGGUGCCAUCCCAUGGUCUUGGUACCCAAGGACAAAGGUGUGCGCAUCACUGUGGAUCAUACCCACCUAAAUUCUCAGGUAGCCCGCCCUACACACCCUUCACCUACGCCCCAUGAUGCCGUCCGCAACAUCUCUCCUACUGCGAAGUACUUCACCACAGCGGAUGCCCUGCAUGGCUAUUGGCAAAUGGAGUUGGCAGAAGAGGACCGCCACCUGACUACAUUUAUAACUCCGUAUGGAAGAUUCCAGCACUGUCGUGGCCCGAUGGGAUUUUCAGCAACAGGUGAUGCAUACUGCCUCCGUGGAGAUAUGGCACUACAAGGUGUUCCCAACUGUGUGAAGGUGGUAGAUGACAUCCUCCUUUCCGACGAGGAUCUCCCUUCCCACCUACAACACGUGCACCAAAUGCUGACCAGAUGCCGUCAGUAUGGCAUCACCCUCAACAAGGAGAAAUUUACUGUAGCCGCCCCUAAAGUUAACUUUUGCGGUUAUGUCUUAUCAUCCGAUGGUAUUGCAGCAGACCCUGACAAGGUAUCAGCUAUACGCGACUUCCUGACACCGUCCAAUGUCACAGACGUCAGGUCGUUUAUGGGUCUCGUCAAUCAACUUGCCGACUUCACUCCAGACAUUGGAGCAGCAGCACAGCCCCUACGUCCACUUAUGAGCCCCAAACGCUCAUUCGUCUGGACGCCCGACCAUGAGCGAGCAUUUAAGAAAGUCAAGACAGCUCUGACUUCACCACCUGUCCUGGCACCCUUCAAUCCUGCCUCGCCUGGGGUUCUACAAACAGAUGCCUCACGCCUAUACGGUCUCGGCUAUGCCCUACUUCAAGAUAACGGCCGAGGUCAGAUGCGUCUCGUCCAGUGUGGCUCUCGUUUCCUUACGGAUACAGAGACUCGCUACGCCAACAUAGAGCUGGAGCUACUUGCAGUCACUUGGGCUGUAGCUAAGUGCCGUCUAUACUUGUCUGGACUUCAACAUUUCACCUUAAUGACUGACCAUCGCCCCUUGAUACCAAUUCUCAAUCACUACACUUUAGAUGCUAUUGAGAAUCCACGCCUCAAGAUGAAAGUGGCCCCCUACAUCUUCACUGCAGUAUGGCACGCAGGGAAACAACUUUGCAUACCAAACGCCCUGUCUCGCUCCCCAACCAGUCGCCCCACACCUGAAGAUGAAGAGGAGUGCACUACUUCGACUGCACAUGUCAGGCGUAUUGCUGCCAGCACCGCCACUUCCACUGACGACCAGGCAACAGGACCCAUCAUCGAAGAAGACAAGUCUCUACAAGAAAUCCGCACGGCCGCAUCCCAGGAUCAAGAUUACAGUUUUCUCGUUCACUACGUCUCCAACGGUUUUCCUACCAACCGCUAUGAUCUCCACGCUUCCGCCCUCCCAUAUUGGAAGCUGCGGGACAACCUUUACGCGGAUGGAGAGUUAGUAUUGUAUGGACCCCGGAUCGUCAUCCCUGCAGCCCUCCGUAGACGCACCUUGGAUCGACUCCACGACAGCCAUCGAGGGAUUGAAGCUACUCGACAUCGUGCAAUGCAGACAGUAUUCUGGCCAGGUAUCAAUGCAGAUAUCAAGAGUAAAGUAGAAAGCUGUGAGGCCUGCCAACAGCUUCUCCCUAGUCAGCAACAAGAACCUUACAUGUGUGACGACCAUCCAUCCCGGCCCUUCGAAAGUGUGUCAGCUGACUUCUUCCACGUAGCAGGGAAAUCCUUCCUUGUUAUUGCUGAUAGACUUUCAGGCUGGCCUGUAGUUGUUCCCUGUGGACGUGACAUAACUGCAGCCAGAGUUACAAGAAUGUUCUGUGUUUUCUUCCGCGAGGUUGGUGUUCCACUCUGCUUACGAACUGGACCCCCAUUUUCCAGCCACGACUUCAAGCAAUUUGCCGACCGCUGGGGAGUUCAUCACAUCAUCACUUCUCCACAUUACCCUCAGGCUAAUGGACACGCAGAAGCUGCAGUGAAACCUUAUCAUCAAGACUGCCCCCAUCCGGGAACAUAG